AUGUCUAGGUUUGACGUUGACGUCGAGCGUGCCGUCAGGAAGGCGUGCUCUUACGAAGAAACCGCGCCUAAACGCAAACAUGUAAGAGCGUGUAUUGUGUAUACGUGGGAUCACAAGUCCUCUAAGGCCGUCUUCAGUAUUUUGAAAACAUUGCCAUUGGGCCAAGAUGAAAUUACCGUUUUCAAAGCUCUUAUCACUAUCCACAAGAUUAUUCAAGAGGGCCAUGGCUCUGCGAUUAUUGAAGGUAUUAAAAACCGAGAAUGGAUAGCCAGUUUGGGGCGGAUUUAUCCCGAAAAUGGCACUGGAAGCUACGGCCGCAUAAUUGAAGGCUAUGUGGAAGUGUUGUUGAAAAAGCUGGAUUUUCAUCGGAUACACUCUGGUUUCAAUGGUACGUUUGAGUAUGAAGAAUACAUGUCGUUGGUGAGCACAUCAGAUCCUGACCAAGGUUAUGAAACUGUUCUUGAUUUGAUGGAUUUACAAGACGUUAUAGACCGUUUUGGGAGAUUACUGUUUUCUAGUAUUUCCAGCGGACGUCGAAAUGAAUGUAAGAUUUCCGCAUUGGUUCCACUCGUGGGAGAGUCCUAUGGUAUCUACAAGUUUGUUAUGUCAAUGAUAAGAGCGAUAUAUCGACAAGUUGGGGAAGAAGGAGCCGUGGAACCACUUUAUGCUAGAUAUUGUGAGCAGCAUUCGCGACUCUUUGAGUUUUAUGCCGAUUGUUCUGCCAUAAAGUAUUUGACAAGUUUGCUAAGGAUUCCGAAGUUACCUGGAGACCCUCCUUCUUUGGAGGUUGGAGACGAAUACGUUGAAGGGAAACCCUCUAAUACUCGCAGUUCGAGUAAAGUGAAUUUGGAGGUGACAGGCACAGGAAAUGAAUCUAGAGGAAAUUAUAGUAACCCCAACCUAGGUAAUGCUAGCACGGCAAGUUUAGGAAACGGCAUGGCUACAGGCUAUGCUACUGGUAGUACACCUGUUCAGUUUGGUCAAAUGGCACCUAGUUUUACUGGCGUUCAUUCUCAAUUGGCUUUGGAAAGACAGAGGCUUGAGGAGCUUCAGAGACAAGAACAGUUAAUAGGAUUGCAGCAAGAACAACAGUUGAGACAUCAGGAAGAGCAGAUGAGACUGAUUGAGCAGGAGAGACAAAGAGAAAUGCAAUUACAAGUUCAACAGCAGCAAUUGGAAGCUGAAAGACAGCAGCAAAUGUUGAAACAACAGCAGGAGCAGGCUGCGUUUGAAGAAAAUAUGCGGCAGCAACAGCAUAGUCAGUACUUACAGAUGGCUCAGAAUGAUCAAUUUCAAAACGAUUUGAAUGCUUUACGGGAGCAGCAUGAAAGGGAUCAAUCAAUGCUCCAACAGUAUGACCAACGUGUCGGCGCCCUAGAGAGAGAAUUAGAAGAUAUGAAUUUGAAGUCUAACGGGCAGGUGAACAAUUUAGAGGAUCAAGUUAAAUCGUUAGGCGAAUGGAAGGAAAAGUAUUCUGGUCUUGCUAGGUUGUAUGCCCAACUGAGGCAAGAACAUCUUGCUGUUUUGAAGAAGCUAAAGAAAUCACAGCAGGUUGAAAGUAGUGCUAAAGAAGCAAUGUUGAAAUUAGAUGAGAUUGAACUGAGACAAAAGGAUAGAUCUAAGGAACUUCAAAAUAUUCUGAAAGAAAGAGAUAGAUUGAAUUCUGAAAAUGACAGAUUGAAGUCUGAAAAUGACAGAAGCAAGUUCGAAAUUGUCCAAAGCUUAUUAGAUGCUGCUGGUAAUGCGGUUAUGGAGAAGGUCGCAUCGUCUGAGUGCGCUACAAAUCUAGCAAAUAGCUAUAAUGACCUUGUGUUGGAUGGCUUUAGCGGAGAUUUGAAGGAUGUGAUAAGUUGGAUUUGCGCAUUUAGCGGAGCAAUGAGCGGAGCGUUGGAUGGUCAAGAGUUUCUUUAUGCGUUGAGGGAUGUUGUGGGGGCUCCAGAACAAGUAAUUGACAAAGUCAUAGAUCUUAAUAUUGCAUUACAAACUAAACUCUCGCCCAUUCAAAAAUUAGUCAAUUUACCUCAGAAUGAUGCAGUCAAGGCAAUUAUUAAUCUGAUAAAAGCUUCCACAGCAUGCCAGGCUGAAAUUGCCACUACCCAAAACCCUGACCCGUAUCUUCAACAUAACAGAUGGACUCGUGGUCUAGUAUCUGCAGCUGAGGAGGUUGCAAAAUCAACAGAAAGAAUGGUAUCAUCCACCAAUUAUGAAACCUUUACGGCAGCAUCUAAUCAGGUAUUAGCGUCUACAGCUCAAUUGGUAGCAGCGUGUAGAGUGAGAAACCCGCCAUCGCAGCCACGUCUAGAACAGUAUAGCAGAAUUGUGAAAGCAGCUGUGAAAGCCAUGAGGCAAGAACCGCCAGAAUACACCUUACCAGACUCGGAGUUAGAUCUACAAGCGCAUAUAGUGCAACUGGAAGGUGCGCUUGAGCAAUCGCGCAAGAAAUUAGGUGAAAUGAGGUACGAACCUCGCUCGCCUAUUUCGAAACCAAACUCCGACUUGAACAGGAGUUAA